GUGUAGAGAUGGUAGUCAUACUUGUGGUAGCAACUCCAUUUGUACAAACACUGAAGGCUCGUAUGCUUGCCGAUGCAAGAAGGGACAUACAGGAGAUGGGGAAUCUUGCACAGAUAUGGAUGAAUGUAGUCUAAAUACUCAUAGAUGUAGUAAAAAUGCUGUUUGUACAAAUACUAGAGGCUCUUAUGCUUGUCGAUGCAUGAAAGGAUUCACUGGAGAUGGGGUUGAMUGCUCAGAUAUAGAUGAAUGUAUCCUUGAAGAUCACAAUUGUGACAUCAAUGCAAAGUGUGUGAAUAACAUAGGGUCCUAUACCUGURAGUGCAACASUGGAUAUGAGGGAGAUGGGAGAAAUUGUUCAGAUGCAAAUGAAUGUGAAAGUGUAUCAUUYAAUGGCAUUUGYMAUGAGAAAGCCAAGUGUGUCAAUAUGGAGGGAUCAUAUAAAUGUCAAUGUAAAAACGGUUUUACUGGUGAUGGCAAGACUUGUUCAGAUGUAAAUGAGUGUGCUAAGAAUACUCAUGACUGCCAUAAAAAUGCACUAUGUACCAACACCGAUGGCUCAUAUGUAUGUAGAUGUUUAAGGGAUUUCAGUGGAGAUGGUAAAAUUUGUGUUGCUUUAGAUGCUGCACCACAGUGUUCGCCACCUUGUAAGGGAAAUACUGUAUGUCAAUCCCAUGAAGAGGGACCUCGCUGUAUGUGCAAGACAGGUUUCAAAGGACCAAAUUGUGAUCAAGAUGUAAACGAGUGUCAAGUGGAAACUGAUAACGACUGCAAUCAAAAUGCACUCUGUACAAACACAGAUGGCUCAUAUGUCUGUAGAUGCAUCAGGGGUUUUACAGGAGAUGGAAAGAUUUGUGUUGAUAUAGAUGAGUGCAAAACAAACAAAUUCAAUUGUAAAGCAAAUGAGGUAUGUGUUAACACAAAGGGAUCUUACCAGUGCUCUUGUGCUACUGGCUAUGAAGCAAGUGAAGAUGGCACAUGUAUAGAUGCAGAUGAAUGUAAAGAUGACACACACACUUGUCAUGAAAAUGCAAUGUGUACAAAUAUUGCUGGUUCAUACACCUGUCGUUGCAUGCGUGGCUUUGAUGGUGAUGGAAAAACCUGUGAAGAUAUCAAUGAGUGCACCAAAUCUGGUACUGACUGUGAUGCCAAUGCUUUCUGCAUCAACACUAAAGGCUCGUAUUCAUGUAAAUGUAAAGAUGGAUACACUGGCAAUGGCUAUGAAUGUACAGAAAGCCAUUGUGAUCUUGUGUGUGGUCCUAAUGAGAUAUGCCAGAAUAUUAAAGAUAUGUACAAAUGUACAUGUAAAAAUGGAUUUACCAAUAGAACUGGUAGUUGURAAGAUAUUAAUGAGUGUUUCUCUGAAAUACCGUAUUGUAAUGAUAAUGCGCAUUGCACAAAUGUCCCUGGGUCUUUUCUUUGCCGCUGUAAGAGGGGAUUCCAGGGAGAUGGAAAAACUUGCACUGAUAUUAAUGAGUGUAUCAAGGCAGAUGUUAAAUGUGGUGAAUGGUCAAAGUGUGUGAACACCCCAGGAUCAUAUAUCUGUCAAUGUGAGGAGGGUUUCGAAGAACAAAAUGGUCUUUGCUCAGAUGUCGAUGAAUGUAAAGAUCCUGAAUUUACAAACUGUAAUGAGAAUGCAUUAUGUACAAAUGUUAUCGGCAGCUAUACAUGCCGCUGCAAAAGAGGUUUUAAAGGAGAUGGAUGGAAUUGUGCAGUCUUAGAAGCAACAAAAACUCCUGAACCACAAGACAAAGAGAAAACUACUGUAGCAAUUACAACCACAGGACCCAUUAUGGUAACAACAUCCAAGCCGUUAGAUUUAUGUGCUGAAGGGAGUCACGAUUGUCAUGCUAAUGCUUCUUGUGUGACAACCCCUGGUUCUUAUAGUUGUACAUGUAAAGAAGGAUUUACUGGCAAUGGUAAAUUAUGUCAAGAUAUAAAUGAAUGCUCUGAUGGAUCCUCAAAAUGUGAUAAGAAUGCUGUGUGUUUAAACACUCUCUCAUCUUAUCGGUGCAAUUGUGACAGUGGAUUUACUGGUGAUGGUUUCUAUUGUGAAGAUAUCAAUGAGUGUUCUGCUAAAAAAUCGCCUUGUAGUCCUAAUGCUCGUUGCGAAAACAGUCAUGGUUCAUAUGAUUGUAAUUGUAAUCAAGGAUUUAUAGGCAAUGGAACACAAUGUGAUGACUUUGAUGAAUGUGCGAGUGGGAUAAAUGAAUGUGAUAACAAUGCUGAUUGCGUCAACUUACCUGGAUCUUACAAGUGUUCCUGCAAACAAGGGUAUAUUGGAGAUGGUUCAACUUGUAGGCCUAUAGGACAGUGUGUACAGGAAUGUGGCAAAAAUGCUGAUUGUGUCAUAGAAGAAGACAGAAGUCAGUGUAUUUGCAGGAAAGGGUUCACUGGAGAUGGUUUCAAAUGCACAGAUGUGGAUGAAUGUGAUAAAAAAGACAGCUGCAAUAGUAAUGCUGUUUGCACAAACACAGUAGGUUCUUUUGUAUGCCGUUGCUCUAAGGGAUAUGUGAAAGACGGCACAUCAUGCAUAGAUCGCGAUGAGUGUACAGAUGGUAGUCAUACUUGUGAAAGAAACUCCAUGUGUACAAACACUGAAGGCUCAUACGUUUGCCGAUGCAAGAAGGGAUAUACAGGAGAUGGUCAAUCCUGCACAGAUAUUGAUGAAUGCAGUCUAAAUACUCAUAGAUGUAGUAAAAAUGCUGUUUGUACCAAUACUGGAGGCUCUUAUGCUUGUCGAUGCAUGAAAGGAUUCACUGGAGAUGGGGUUGUUUGCUCAGAUAUAAAUGAAUGCAUCCUUGAAGAUCACAAUUGUGACAUCAAUGCAAAGUGUGUGAAUAACAUAGGGUCCUAUACCUGUAAGUGCAACAGUGGAUAUGAGGGAGAUGGGAGAAAUUGUUCAGAUGUCAAUGAAUGUGAAAGUGUAUCGUUUAAUGGCAUUUGUGAUGAGAAUGCCAAGUGUGUCAAUAUGAUGGGAUCAUAUCAGUGUAAUUGUGAAAAGGGUUUUACUGGUGAUGACAAGACCUGUUCAGAUGUCGAUGAAUGUAAAGCAGGCACUCAUGAAUGCAAUGAGAAUGCAUUAUGUACCAACACAAUAGGCUCAUAUGUCUGUAGGUGCCGCAAGGGUUUCACUGGAGAUGGAAGAACUUGUGUUGAAGUCAUGUCACAGUGUUCACCUGCUUGUGMAGAAAAUGCAAAAUGUCAACUCUUUGAAGAGGGACCUCAGUGUAUUUGCAAAGCAGGUUUUGAAGGAACAAAUUGUACAGAUAUUGAUGAGUGCAGUACUGGUCGUCAUAUGUGUCAUGUUGAUGCUCUUUGUACCAAUACUCGUGGCAGUUAUGUUUGUAGAUGCCGUCGUGGUUUUGUAGGAGAUGGAAGAUCAUGCUCUGAUGAGGAUGAGUGCAAAGCAAACAAGUUCAAUUGUAAAAUAAAUGAGGUGUGUGUUAACACAAAGGGAGAUUAUAAGUGCACUUGUGCUUCUGGCUACAUAGAAAGUGAAGAUGGCUCAUGUGAAGAUGCCAAUGAAUGUGAAAAUAAGUCCCACACUUGUCAUGAAAACGCACUGUGCACUAAUACUAUUGGUUCAUACAUCUGCCGUUGCAAGCGUGGCUUUGAUGGUGAUGGAAAAACUUGCCGAGACAAAGAUGAAUGCACACGAAAAAAAUUCCCAUGCAGUGUUAAUGCUCAAUGUAUUAAUAAUGUUGGUUCAUACCGAUGCAUAUGUAAUUCGGGUUACACUGGAAAUGGACAAACAUGUCUUCCAGAUAUGAGGUCAACAGUACAACCUACAAAGGAGACUUCUGCAACAACUACUGCAGAGACUUCCACCACAGCACCAAAACCCACUACAGCAACAACCAAACCAGAGACUACCACUACAUCACCAACUGCCACUGCAGUGCCAGCCACCACUGCAGUGCCAGCCACCACUGCAGUGCCAGCCACCACUGCAGUGCCAGCCACCACUGCAGUGCCAGCCACCACCACUGCAGUACCAGCCACCACUGCAGUACCAGCCACCACUGCAGUACCAGCCACCACUGCAGUACCAGCCACCACUGCAGUACCAGCCACCACUGCAGUACCAGCCACCACUGCAGUACCAGCCACCACUGCAGUACCAGCCACCACUGCAGUACCAGCCACCACUGCAGUACCAGCCAAACCCAAAACUACCACUGCAGCAACAACCAAACCAGAAACUACCACUACAGCACCAACAACCACUGCAGCACCAACCACCACUGCAGCACCAACCACCACUGCAGCACCAACCAAACCAGAGGCUACCACUGCAGCAACAACUAAAGCAGAGACUACCACUACAGCACCAACCACCACUGCAGAAUCAACCAAAGCAGAGGUUACAACUGCAUUACCAACAAAGGUUAUUAGUACYACACCAGGUACUGUGGAUGAGUGUUUGCUUGGAAUAUCUGGCUGUGACAAGAAUGCUCACUGCAUAGACACAGUAGAUAGCUAUCGUUGYAUGUGUAAUAACGGUUACAGGGGAAAUGGAUUUGUCUGCACUGAUAUUGAUGAGUGUUUAGAGAAAAAAGACUUUCUUUGCAAUGAAAAUGCCAUCUGUUCAAAUACUGAUGGUUCCUAUGCUUGUGAGUGCCAACCUGGAUAUAGUGGUGAUGGAGAAUAUUGUGAACCUUCUGAAACAACAGGACGAUUCACCAUGAAUGUGACACAUAUCAACAACAACAUUGCUAUUGGAUGUGGCAAGAAAGAGAUGAUGAUUGUUGUCCGCARACAGCUUUUCAUGGGAAUGGGCCCAAAUGAUGUCAAUCUUCUGGAUCCAAAGUGCAAACCCAAACAAAAUUCUACCCAUUUUAUGUUUUCUACUGGAUUAACAGAUUGUGGAACACAAAUGACACAAACCGCUGAGGCUUUUGUUUAUAAGAAUGUUAUUCGUGAACGUCCUGCUAGUGCUAAUAGUAUGAUAACACGUCUUCACCAUGUAGACAUACCAUUCCGCUGUUUCUAUUCCAGAAAUGGUGCAACAUCUGCACUUGCAUUGCAACCAAGUAGAAAAAUCAUACGGGCUAAUGCUAGUGAUGAUGGCAUGUUUGCUCUAAACCUCGGUGUGUUUAAGGACAUUAAUUAUGCUUUUCCUUAUCCUGACCAAGAGUUCCCCAUCUCUGUUAUGGUCAACAUGAGAGUGUACUUCAAACUGAUAGUCCAGUCUAUGGACAAUAGACUUUCUGUUAGGGCAGACCGAUGUCAUGCUACACCAACUCCAGAUCCAAACAACAGAGUGCAAUAUGACCUCAUUAGAAAUGGUUGUCCAACUGACCGCACAGUCCAUUAUCACAAAACAGCUAUAAAACAAGAACACCGAUUCAGCUUGAAAGCAUUCCAGUUUGUCAAUGUGGAAGACCCUACAUUUGUCUAUAUUCACUGUACAGUAGUUGUCUGCAAUGUUACAGAUGUCAAUUCAAUGUGUAACAAAGAUUGCAAUUCAGGCAUCACCGGUCGUUACAAGCGUUCUGCUAGUUACUCCAGACCUAUUCAUGUUGACAUCUUGUCACAAGGACCUAUAUUUAAACCCAAUACAAAGGUCCAUGCUGAUGAUUCCAUUCCAUCAAUGGUAGGAAUUGCUGUUGGUGUAGUUGUAUCGGCCAUCCUUCUUCUAGUUGGAAUGAUGUAUAUUUUGCGUAAGAGGACUUUAUCCCAGCAAGACGACCUUAUAGAAAAACAUCUGCCUGAAGAUAAUCAAACGUUCGAUUCUACAGUGUAAAAAAAGACAAUUUAUAAUUUUCAGAUGAGAUUGAAAUGAAUUGUGCACAUUAUCUAAAGAAAGUGCAAAGAUGGUUAACAGCAAAUAAUACGACAAUUCAGAAGAAGCUUUAUAAAUGGCUUUCAGAUAAUGAACCAAGGCAAUUCAAGAGCAAGGGAAACGCGCUGGAAUUCACUGCUUAUUUCACUUUAUUAGUUAGGCUGUCAAUAUUUUCAUUUGCGCAAUUUGUUAAAGGACAUUAAGUUUAAGGACAUUAAAUUAUUUGGCCGAUUCUGAAAACACUUCUAAAUUCUCUAUUAGUGCAGUCCAUUUGUGGACAAUCUAGCAAGGUAUCGACAAAGCAAUUUUAGGCAGAUUACAGUACAGCACAGGCCAGAUACUAUUAUAGUCAUCAACUAAUAAUUUUUCCAUCAACACAGGUCGAGACAUUUUUAUUUCUCACAUGAAUAAAGAUUAAGAAAUUGAAAAGUUCA